AUGUGUGGCGGCUUUACGGUCGCCCCUCCUUCUCUCUCUCCCUUACUUUUUUUUUUUUUUUUUUUUCUCUUUUCUUUGCUCUGUGCUUCACGUCUCCUGCAGAGAGGGAAAGCGUCACACGCUCGCAUCCUACAAAAAAAGGGUCGUUGGGGCGUUGAGAAGGGCGGAGGGAGGGGAAGUGUGUGUGUACAACAACAAAAAAAAAAUAGUUAUUUGUGCAAUUCGCUUAGAAUGAACUAUUCGCGCUUCCGCUCUCGUGGCGCGAGGGGUCGUGCAAGGACCCGACGAAAAUACCGUGCCGUCAUUUCGCUGCUUGUACUCCUGUUUUGCUUCUACCUCUUCCUGCGCAUCCUACCGCCGAGAGCACUUGCGACCAUCCGUGAUGAUAGCGGUUUUCUUAUCCCUGGCGGGAACACAAGCAGCGUGACAGUCGUCAUUACGGAACUGCGUGUCUCAGCACCUUUUUCAGCCGCGAAUUUGGCGGGGAGUCGACUGAAGCAGGCGCUUAGCCGCCGUGCGUGGUGUACAUCAUCGUCGCCUAUGAGCCUUGUGUCCCUUGUGAUGCUCUUUUAUGCUCCGCCCGACAAUGCGUCGUGGUCUGGCGGCAUCCCAGUGAGUAUUCAACCAUACGGUGACAGCGGUUCAUGGAAUCUGUGGAGCGUCGACCUCGCCAAGAGGGGAAUUAGGGAAAAAUACAACGUGGCUCCCUGCGUCAUGGAGGCACGCGUACUCUUUGCGGCAAGUGCAGCGGAGGUCGAAAGUGACAGUUAUGGCAUGGACCUUGCGGCAGUGCGGAUGGCAUUGAGGGCAGUGCGGCGCACCGAUUACUUUGUUCUCCUUGCGGAUUUUGUGCGUCCCAAAUCCGAUGACUUUAUGCAAAAACUUUUUCUACCUUCGAGGCGAAACGGUGGAAAGGUGUUGGCCGUUCAGUGCACCCUUCUGGAGAAGAAAAGUACCAAUACGCAAGGGAUAGACAAAGGUCAGGAAGUGGUUCUCGACGCUCUUCAUGUGGUUUCGGAUCGGGGUGUCUUUGUGGGCCUCGCUGCAUUGAAGCGGUUGGAACUUCUUUUACCGUACCUGUCGCGAAGGUACAACGGCAUUUUCGCCACCGAUAAACGUCUUUUGGAACCGGAGUUGGUUGACGCCGUCUCGCCCUUUUGUACACUUUUUCACCGCCAGGCAUUUGACGCCUUCAAGGGGUUUGACAGCCUUUUCUUCAGUGAAAACACGACUUUGUCCCAGGCGCCAGACAUUGCCGGAUGGGAGUACAGCAUUUUUCUGCAGCGUGAAUACAAGGAAUGGCAGGUGUGGAGUAGCGCUGCCUUUGGCAUCAUUGACGAAGGCACUUCGCCAUCAUCAUCAUUACUCCAGCUUUUGAGGCAACCAGCCUUUCCUGCUGCCGAUAAUUGGGGGGCGGAGCAUUUUGACACUCUACAGAGGCUACACAACCGCCGCUUUGCCACCCCAUACCAAAAGCGGGGGGAAGAAGGCACGGUUGACAAGCCGCUGUCGCCGUUACUUUUUUUUGCACGUGACUACAACUGUUCAUGUUGUGGACUGAUGCGAGAGGUCAUUGGGUACUUGCGCCCGCUGACGGAGCGGUAUGCUGUGUCCUUUUUGAGGGGAUUGCGCCACAGCUUCUGCUCCGAUGCAGUGGGAUCGGAGUUGGUUUCCCUGGAACUCACGGACGAGUCGCGUGCGGAGAAAUUUUUUACUUCUUUUUCCAAUACUGUUAAGUGGCAAAUAGCAUACAAGAAUCGCCCUAAAAUUGUCAUUAUGCACCUUCGCGCACCCAGCUACAAGCAAGUACAUGCUUCAUUGCCACACAAGAUGGACUACUUCAUUGGCAGGAGCCUCAGUGAGUUUUCACUUAUUCCAAGGGAUUGGGUGAAUGGCAUGCACCUCUAUGCGGAUGAGGUGUGGGCAACCGGUGAGUUUUUUCGCACAGUCUACCGCCGCUCUGGCGUCGCGGCUGAAAAGAUUCAUGUCGUCCCUGAGUCGGUCAAUAUACACAGGUAUAACCCACGGAACUGUCGACCAGCGUCGUUUCCAUUGUCCCUACCGACGGCCUACACGAAUAGGCCGGGACUUUCCCCAGAGGAUCUGCGUCGCCGUUUUCGUUUUUUGUCCAUCAUGAAGUGGGAAAUGAGGAAAGGGUGGGAUGUGCUUUUGAAGGCCUAUUGGAAGGCGUUUGGACCAUCAUCGCCGCUGCACAACAAUGUCUCCCUCUAUUUAAAGGUGAAGUGGAUCCAAUUGUACUCCGGCGGUGCCGGGAACCACAAUAUCAAUGAGCUCAUAGGAAACUGGUCGAAAAAAAACCUGCCAGGAUUCACGUCCAUGGAGGACAUGCCGCACAUCGUCUUUUUAAGCGGGUUGGGGUAUGUGGGCGAGCAGUCGUUGCUGCAAUUGUACUGCUCCGUCGAUGCUUUUGUGUUUCCCACACGCGCGGAGGGGUGGGGACUGCCAGCGACGGAGGCGAUGGCGAUGGGCAUCCCUGUGAUCAUCACCAACUGGGGCGGCACCACCACCUUCAUGCCACCCAACGCCACCUUCGGUAUUCGCGUGGACGGGCUGGAGGAGGUGCCGAGCGGGGCGGGGUAUCAUGUGUUUCGGGCCAACAAGUGGGCAUUGCCCAGUGUUCAGGAUACGGCGGAACUGAUGCGAUAUGUCGUUGACCACCCCGAACACGCACGAAGAGUGGGCAAGCGUGGGCGCCGCCACAUGGAAGAGUACUUUAGCGAAGAGAUCAUUGCCGACCUUUUUGACAUGCGCCUCGAAGCGGCGGUGAGGAAACUUCGAGGAAAGUCCUAA